ACUUCUCUACCCAGGUGAACUCUUCAUCCCUGAGCUCUCCAACAGGUCGAGGCUCCAUGGCUGCCCCCUCGCUGCACCCCUCCCUGGGUCCAGGACUCGGCUCUCCUCUGGGCUCCCCUGGGCAGCUGCACUCACCUAUCAGCACCCUGAGUUCUCCCAUCAAUGGCAUGGGCCCACCCUUCUCGGUCAUCAGCUCCCCGAUGGGCCCGCACUCCAUGUCGGUACCCACCACACCCACACUGGGCUUCGGGACUGGCAGCCCCCAGCUCAACUCACCCAUGAACCCCGUGAGCAGCAGUGAGGAUAUCAAACCCCCUCUAGGCCUCAAUGGCGUCCUCAAGGUUCCUGCCCACCCCUCAGGAAAUAUGUCAUCCUUCACCAAGCACAUCUGCGCUAUCUGUGGGGACCGCUCCUCAGGCAAACACUAUGGGGUCUACAGCUGUGAGGGCUGCAAGGGCUUCUUCAAGAGGACAGUACGCAAAGACCUGACCUACACCUGCCGUGACAACAAGGACUGCCUGAUCGACAAGAGACAGCGGAACCGGUGUCAGUACUGCCGCUACCAGAAGUGCCUGGCCAUGGGCAUGAAGCGGGAAGCCGUGCAGGAGGAGCGGCAGCGAGGCAAGGACCGGAACGAGAACGAGGUGGAGUCCACCAGCAGUGCCAACGAGGACAUGCCUGUAGAGAAGAUUCUGGAAGCUGAGCUCGCUGUUGAGCCCAAGACUGAGACAUACGUGGAGGCAAACAUGGGGCUGAACCCCAGCUCACCAAAUGACCCUGUCACCAACAUCUGCCAAGCAGCAGACAAGCAGCUCUUCACUCUUGUGGAGUGGGCCAAGAGGAUCCCACACUUUUCUGAGCUGCCUCUGGACGACCAGGUCAUCCUCCUCCGGGCAGGCUGGAACGAGCUGCUGAUUGCCUCCUUCUCCCACCGCUCCAUAGCUGUGAAAGACGGCAUCCUCCUGGCCACCGGCCUGCACGCACACAGGAACAGCCACAGUGCUGGGGUGGGCGCCAUCUUUGACAGGGUGCUAACAGAGCUGGUGUCUAAGAUGCGUGACAUGCAGAUGGACAAGACGGAGCUGGGCUGCCUGCGCGCCAUUGUCCUCUUCAACCCUGACUCUAAGGGGCUCUCAAACCCUGCUGAGGUGGAGGCGCUGAGGGAGAAGGUGUAUGCGUCACUAGAAGCGUACUGCAAACACAAGUACCCUGAGCAGCCGGGCAGGUUUGCCAAGCUGCUGCUCCGGCUGCCUGCACUGCGAUCCAUUGGGCUCAAGUGCCUGGAGCACCUGUUCUUCUUCAAGCUCAUCGGGGACACACCCAUCGACACUUUCCUCAUGGAGAUGCUGGAGGCCCCACAUCAAACCACCUAGGCCCCGUCACCCAUGUGCCGGUCCCUUGCCCCGCCUGGACACAGCUGCUCGGCUCCAGCCCUGUCCCUGCCCUUUCUGAUGGCCUGUGUGGAUCUUUGGGGUGCAGUGUCCCCAUGGUCCCAAAAGAUGCAUCACCGUCCUCGCCAUCAUCAUUAAUGCUUGCCUUUGGCCCAGGGCCGUGGCAGAGCUGGCGUGACACCUACCCAGCCCCCUGCCCUACACCAGGCUCUAAGGCUGGUCACCCUGAGGGUCUUGGGGUACUUCGUGGGGUCUUCAGCACCUGGAGCUGCAGGAGCUGGGAGAAGGGCUUGUUCUGGUUGCUGGUUGCUGUCGCUGGUUCUCGACAUGCCCGCGUGGCACCUCUGUUUGGAGUGCCCCAUUUUUGCUCGUGCAGAGUCCUGGUACCCAGCUAAGGGUGGGAAAGGGAGCAGGUGGGGCAGGUCAUAUCCUCCUGGGUCAUAGCUAACCUUUAAGCCUGUUUCCAAAGAUACCCUGGGAUAUCACCCCGAGCAGGAUUCUGGGACCACCUCAAGGCCGCGUGGGCUGGAGGUCCUCUGUCGUGUUCCCUAGUUCCUUCUUAUGUCAUCGUUCUCCCAUCCUGUCUCACCAACCAGGGUUAGCCAACUGUAGUAGCCUGCCUUUUCCCUAUCACAGAUCUUCCUUUCUGGUCUGCAAGGUGGCACCAUGGGUCCUCCUGGAGGGCUGCCCUGGCUUAUGUAGAAUGGGGUUUCCACCUCAGUGGUCCUGUGGGACACUGGACAUCCUGAGGCUCAGGGAGGAGAGGAGGGCUGUUGUCUGGUUUCUGGAGAGGGGGGCCUGAGGGGCUUGGAGAUGAACCGGGCAGACAUGGCAGGUCUGUCAGGUGCGGCUGACUCAGCAGGCUCUGUGUGGGACUCUAGCAUGGGCCCUUCCUUGGACUGGCCGCUUCUGUUAGGAUCCCGACAGGGACUUCCUGGGACUGCCGCGGUAUGGUGGUGUCUGUGGACAUUGUCCAGAACCUUACCCAGGGGCUGUAUGUGUCAGACCUGCUUAGACUUCAGCCCUGUCUCGUGUGGCUCUGAGUGUGCCUCUCCGGCUGUCCGGCCGGGUUUGCACUGUGGGGCCUCCUUGGGUGCCAGUCUUCAUGAUCUAGUCUCAGAAUGCAGGGCCCCGGUUUGUCAGGCACUGGUGCCUUAGUGAUUAUGGCCAUACUGCGUCCCCACAGCUGGUCUCCCAUUGGUGUGUGGGUGGGAGGAAGGCCCUCAAGAAACAGGCCAUGUAGGGGAUUGGACCUCGAGGUGGUGGGUGGGAGGAGCCAGCUUCCUGGUGGGGACGAACACAUUGAUUUCUCGCCUUUUUAAAAUCCCAAAACCAUAGCCAGCAGAGGCACCUAUAAAAGUUUCCAGAAACACCUUCCCUGCACCCUUCUCUCCACGGAGUGGCAUGGGAGAUGUCCGUGGGAGACAUCACAGUUCCCGGGGUCAGCCAACUACUCCUCUCCUAGGCUUUCCUAGAAAAUCUGUAGCCUUUGGGGCUGGUAGCACUAGGCAGAGGAGCCGAUUCCCCAGUCCACACCCAGCACCGUGCCUUCUGCAGACCUCCUCUCCCACUGUUCGUGUCAGCCCCGUUCUACACUGUGCCCUGUUUCUGAGCCACUGAGCAUCCUCAGUGGCUCCAGCAGAGAAAGUUCUGGGGCUGAGCCACGUCUGGGCUUGGCUGGCUGUCAGGCACUGGGGCCUUGGCCGCAAGCCCCACUAGCCCACAUAGCCUUAUCCGCCACUGCUUGUCACUAUAGAUUCCCUGGUGAGCUUCCUGCUCCUUUAGCCUCAUUGCCACUGUCAUCAGGUGCAGUGCUGUUUGUUUGCAGUGGUGGUGUGGGCAUGGUGUCACUAAGGAGAAAAUUGGGGCUUCGUUUAACCAGACCUUCAGUCCUGUUACCAAUCUGGCUCAAUUAAGGUGAUUGUCAUUAUUAUUGUUAUUAUUAUGGUGGAGCAAUCUUUAAUUUUCUAAAGAUAGCACUAGCAUCAGCUCAUUAGCCACCCCGCGCCCAUCCCCACCUCAGCCUGGUUGGAUAACAGCUGCCACCGAUGGUCACGUGACUUCACCCUGCAGCUCCUGGGCCAUAUCCCUCAUCUGGGUGACCACCCUGCUCGGAGGUUCAGUUGGGGCUCCCGUGGCUGAGAAGGAAGAUGGCCGGCAGGGCCUGUGGCAGCUGCUGGCCCAUUGUCACCCCGAGACCACAGUCACUGGGGGAAUUUGGCCCCACACCCUCAGUUUUCCAAACUGCAGCAUCCCCAGGGAUACUGGGCGACUUGGUGACAGCGCCAAGAGACACCCAAGUCCCCUCCCCUGGCAUCCCAGGAUACCUGGCCAAAGCAGGCAGCCAAUGGCUAGUCAUUGCCGUCCCCAUCGUAGAACUGGGGCAUGUGACCUGGUCCCCGUGCACACAGGUGUGUGGCGUGAGCACGGGUGUGCUGUGGAGACUGCAGAGGCGACGGGAGAUUCGGCCCAGUUACUGAUGUUUGUGUUCCUUUUAAUCAAGACUUUCCCUUUUUCCUAUACAUUUGCUUCUUGUGAGCAAGGACCCGAGGUCCCCCUCUGUCGGGAGUCGGGCUCUGGUGACUCUGGAGGCAGGGGCUGCAUCUAUUUUCAGAUGCUUCGGGCUGGAGUGCCCUGAUGUCUAGCCAUGCCUUAGCUGGGCUGUGCGGCCACCGUGGGGAGGAUGCCGCGUCCGCAGGGAGGAAAGAUAGAGGAAUGUUUAACGCACCGGGAAGGGUAAAUGAAUCUAUUUUUGUACAAAUGUAAUUUUAUCCCUCAUGUAAACUGGAUAGCGUGGCGGGGGACCUGUUUUGUUUCUGCUUUGAGUGUCAAGAAGCGUUGGGACACCCCGACGCCCAGGCGGCAGAGGAGGCCCUCACCAGGAGGCUGAAGGCUCGCUGGCUUGAAAACAGCACAGACAGACACUUCCUUUGGUGGGAGGGAGGGCCACCGGGCAGGGUUUCCUUCCCCUUCUUGGUGAUUUGAACAACCUCGCUCUGCCCUCGGUGCCUGCCUGCCUGCCGGCCUUGCUGCAGCUCGUCUGACUGUGAACUGACUUCCCCGCGUAACUGCUCUCUGGGACAUUGUGGUGCAGACGCCGGGGGCUGAUGAACAGCAGUCUCAGGAUUGUAGAAAAGAAACAAAAACGUGAGAGGAGAGAGAAAUAUGAGCGUUUCAAAAUAUAUCUCCAUUCGGUUCUCAUC